AUGGUCACCUCGAGCGAGAGAAAACUACGUGCUAGAUCAGGCCCUAAACCGAUCUACACCAUGGACGAUAUGGACGAAGACAGCUUCGAAGACGAACGAACAAGCGAAGAGAGAGAUAUGGUCACCUCAAGUGAGAGAAAACUACGUGUUAGAUCAGGCCCUAAACCGAUCUACACCAUGGACGAUAUGGACGAAGACAGCUUCGAAGACGAACGAACAAACGAAGAGGUUUGUCCUCUUGGGGAGAUUGAUAAAAUUUUGAACCGUGAAUUUCGUCCUGUGGCAUCUAACGAUCCGGAUUCUGAACCAAGCCAAAUUCCUGUGAAACAAUAUCUUGUGAAGUGGAAACGGUUAUCGUACUUACACUGUUCUUGGGUGACCGAGCAGGAAUUCGAGAAGGCUUACAAGUCACAUCCUCGUCAAAAAUUAAAGGCAAGGGUGAACAAAUUUAACACUACGAUGGACUGUACCAUCAGUUUUAACGGAGGUGAUGAGUAUAUUGCCAUUCAUCCUGAGUGGACAACUGUUGACCGGAUUCUUGCUUGCCGGGAAGAAGGUGAUGGGAAGGAGUAUCUGGUGAAGUUCAAAGAACUUAAUUAUGACGAAACUUACUGGGAAGCUGAAUCAGACAUCUCAGCAUUCCAAAACGAAAUUCAAAGGUUUGAGGAUAUAAACUCUGGCACUCGUAGAGAUAAAUAUAUCGAAAACGAGAGAGAUCAAACGGAAUUCAAAGAGUUCGAUCAUACUCCUGAAUUCCUCAAAGGCACACUGCAUAAGUACCAGCUCGAAGGGCUUAAUUUCUUGAGGUAUUCAUGGUCCAAGGGAACCCAUGUAAUCCUUGCGGAUGAAAUGGGGCUAGGGAAAACAAUACAGGCUAUUGCCUUCUUGGCUACUCUGUUCGAGGAAAACCAAGCUCCUCAUCUGGUUGUUGCUCCCCUCUCAACCCUCCGUAACUGGGAGAGGGAAUUUGCCACCUGGACUCCACAGCUUAAUGUGGUUAUGUACACUGGGACUUCCGAAGCACGUCGUGUCAUAAGGGAACAUGAGUUCUACUUAGGGAAUAAUAAUAUUAAGUUUGAUGUCCUCCUCACUUCGUAUGAAAUGAUUAACGGCGACACGGCAUUUAUGAAACCAAUCAAGUGGAACUGCAUGAUUGUUGAUGAAGGCCAUCGUUUGAAAAAAAUGACUUCAAAGUUGUUCUAUUCAUUGAAGCAAUAUACGAGUAAGCAUCGCGUUCUGCUGACCGGAACACCACUUCAGAACAACUUGGAUGAACUUUUCGUUCUCAUGCAUUUUCUUGAUGAGACGAAGUUUUGGAGUUUAGAGGAGUUUCAAAAAGAAUAUAAAUCUAUAAAUCUAGAGGACCAGAUUUCAAAACUCCACCAAGUGUUGGCACCGCAUCUGCUUAGAAGGGUAAAGAAAGACGUGUUCAAGGAGGAUGAGCUGCCCUCUAAGAAGGAGCUCAUUUUGCGUGUUGAUCUGAGCAGCCAGCAAAAACAUUUGUACAAAGCUGUUCUUACGCGUAAUUAUCAAUUCUUGACAAAGAAAGGAGGUGGUAAAGUAAGUUUUGUAGUGCUAAUGGAAUUACGAAAAGUUUGCUCUCAUCCAUAUCUGCUAGACGGCGUUGUGCCAACUUUUGAAAACGCAGAUGAAGCUUUUAAACAACUCCUAGAAGCUUCCGGAAAAUUGCAACUGUUGGACAAAAUGAUGGUCAAACUCAAAGAGCAGGGGCAUCGAGUGCUCAUAUACUCCCAAUUCCAACGCACUCUAGACCUUUUUCAGGAUUACUGCAGUUAUAAGAAUUGGUCUUAUGAACGGAUCGAUGGAAAGGUCAAUGGUGCUGAGAGACAAGUACGCAUAGAUCGUUUCAAUGCAGAAAACUCUAACCGGUUCUGUUUUUUGCUCUCUACAAGAGCUGGGGGAAUAGGAAUAAACCUUGCGACAGCUGAUACAGUCAUCAUUUAUGACAGCGAUUGGAAUCCCCACGUGGAUAUUCAAGCUAUGGCGAGAGCCCAUCGCCUUGGCCAAACCAGUAAGGUGAUAGUAUAUCGCCUUGUACAUCGACACAGUGUGGAGGAAAAAAUUAUCGACAUAGCUAAAAAGAAGAUGCUUCUACAGCAUCUAGUGGUGGGGAAACUUAAACAACCCCACCUCACUCAAGAUGAGCUUGACGACAUAGUCAAGCACGGCUCCAAGGAACUAUUCAGUGAAAAACAUGAUGAUGAGGCAGAAAGCUCUGGCAAAAUUCAUUAUGAUGAUGCUGCUAUCGAAAAGUUGCUUGACCGUGAGUGUAUAGAUGCUGAAGAGGAGGGUGAUGAAGAGGAGAAUAGUUUCUUAAAGGCUUUCAAGGUGGCCAAUUUUGAGUAUAUUGAUGAAAAUGAGGCUGCGGCUGCAGCAGUAGAGGAGGCACAAGCUAUAGAAAACAAGUCUUCAGCAAAAACUGCUGAUACUAAAAGUCAUUGGGAAGAGCUUUUAAAAGGCAAACAUGAAGUGCACCAAGCUGAGGAGCUCAGUGGUCUUGGAAAGAGGAAAAGAAAGUGCAAACAGGUGAAAUAUGCUGAAGAAGAUGAUGAUGAGUUUUCUGGUUCAGAAGUGAGCUCCGAUGAGAGGGAGGAAGCACCAAUACCUUUGAUGGAAGUGAGCUCCGAUGCGAGGGAGGAAGCAGUUGAAGUAGCUCCACAGAGAACCCCGAGGGGUAAAAGGCCUUACAGAAAAAGGGCUAGCGAUAACUCGGAGCCAAUACCUUUGAUGGAAGGCGAAGAAACCUCUUUGAGGGUGCUGGGUUUUAAUGAGAUUGAAAGGAAAGUCUUUUUAGAUACGUUUAAGAGGUAUGGAGCUGGAAACUUUGAUUGGAAGGAGUAUGGUCAUCCCUUAAAGCGGAAGACCGAUGACGAGAUUAAAAAGUAUGGGGUACACUUCUUGAGACACAUUUCUGAAAACUCCAACAAUGAUUCUCCAACUUUUUCAGACGGUGUUCCCAAAGAAGACAUAGUUAGUGCGGAGCUGCUAAUCAGCAUGACUUUAAUGAUGCUAGUAAAGGAGAAGUGUCAAUUUAUGGACGACCAUCCGACAGGACCUGUUUUCCCUGACCACAUCGUCAAAAUGUUCAGUCUGAGAAGAGGACCACUUUCUGAUGAACAACAUGACAGAAUUAUUAUUCGUGCUGUUCAUAAGCAUGGAUUGGGGAGAUGGGUGACCAUUAUAGAUGACAAAGAGUUAGAGGUCGAAGAGAUUGCCUGCAAAGAACGGGGUUUCCCUUUCCCUUGGACAACUUCGUGUGGUGCUGAACAAGUUGGCUUGCCAGAGAGUAGCCUGAAUCAGGAAACUGGUAACGCGGGAAAUAAUAAUGCUUCUGCUGGUAGAGGGAAGAGAAGCUCAUAUCAAACCUCCAUACUUGCUCAGCUUGUAGAAAAACGAUUUACGAAUCUGGAGAAGGCGAUGAAAUAUGAGUACGCAGAAAAAAUACUUGCUAGACAAGCAGAAGCUGAAACAAAGGUGAUGAAUACAGUGGGAACGAGCUCUGUAGCUGCAGAUAAAGAAAUACUUCAGACUGAGCCCAUAAGUUUUUCAGAAGAUAUUUCUGCAGUUGCCGUUGACAACAAGCAAGACAGGGUUGAAGAGGCUCAACUUUACAAGGAGAGUGUUAAUGAGAACAUAAGGGAGAAGGGCUCGACAUCCUGGAGUAACUACAUUUUGUUGGAUAGUGAUUGAUUCAUACAUCGACAACCAUUGUUACUUCUUUCGUUAUUGUUUGGGAGUUGACUGAUUUUUUUUACUUUUUCUCAAUUUAGCAGAGAUCGAUGGACUAAAUUAAGUUACAUUUUAUUGAAUUUAUUUGGAACAAUCUAAUA